GGCCAUCUUAAACAAUUAAUGGAGGGGUGGAGAAAUUUGCCAUGUUAAAUUACUUCCUCCUUUGGGAGGGGGUGAGGUCUCCGCAUCGCUCGCCCGAGCCCCACGCAGUUUGUUGCCGUCGCCUGAAGCGGUCACAGCCCCUCUCGCUUUUCCUCCUGGAAGUUAGACAAACAACAUCUCAGAGCACUCUUUGUAUUUCUCGGCGUUUUCCUUAAACCUGCAGCGCUGCCUCCAGGAGCUCGCAGAGCCGAGAAACUUUUCCGGACUUCGGAGAAAAACAAAGCCAAGAGGAGACGAAGAGGAGGAGGAGGAGGAGGGGGGGAAAGGAGUUUGCUGGAAAACCGCUUUGGGAAGCUGGAGACCUCCUCGGGAUGCCUGCCGCGGGCUUCUUUUCCUCUAGCACCUCUUCAGUUCUUCCUGGGAGAAGCCAGCUCCGGGCCGCGGAGCAUCCGCGCUGAGCGGGGCUGUGCCGGCGGUGCCGGUUUCGCCCAAACCCUCCUGGCAGGGUGAGGGCCGCGGCCCCCCGGGCUCGCUAUGUCCCCUCUGCCCUCCAGUGCUGGGGUUGGCUGUCAGAGAAACCUCGGAGGUCCCCUGCUCAGCGCCGGUAGUGUCAUGAGUUAGAUUAGUUGGAGCGGUGCUGGGGGCGGUGAGGGUUUGGAUUACAGUCCAGAACUCAAAGUGCUCCGGCGGUUUCACGUCUGAGGCGAGAGGAGACGCCCAGCCGCACACAUGGAGGAAAAAGAGAAAAAACGCUGCUUUUGGAAGUGAAAGGGAAUUAAAGGAGGCCAGAAACAUGGACUCGGAGUCUCUGGACAGUUGCAUUCAGAGCACCUUAUCAGCACUCUACCCUCCCUUCGAGGCCACCGCAGCCACUGUCCUCUGCCAAGUUUUUGAUGUGGUGGAGAAGACGUACCGUGGGGAUGGACUGCGCUACCUCAUAGACUUCCUGAUUCCAGCCAAGCACAUCCUGCAGUGCAUUCAGCAGGAUGCCUGUGUUCCAUACUCUGGGUUGCUGUUUCUCCAUCAGGGAUGGCCCCUGUGUGUCCACGAGAAGGUUGUAGUUCAGCUGGCUGCCAUUGACUGGAGAAUCUUGAAGCCUGGUGACUUCUACCUGCAGGUGGUCCCCUAUCUCAAGAAGUCUCCACGGAUUGUACUGAAAUAUUUGGCAAAGGACAAUCAUAAUGUUGAGGAGGUUGUGAUUCCAGAAGUUUCCUAUACCUCUAUUUUUACCCUGGAAUGGUUGAGUGCUAUCAAUGGAGAGCGGAUGGAUGGAGCACUGGAAAAUUGUUUACUCACCACUGAUGAAAAAAUAUUUCGUGUCCCCUGGGCUAAAGUGGUUAAUCCUGAAUUUAUAAACAAACCAAAAAUAAUUGAAAACAAUAUAAUCUCUGCAGAAAUAACAGAGCAGCCUUCAGUUCUGGGCUUCCCUGUGGACCAUGCUGAGUGCAGUUCAGCAGACCUAGGAUCUCCAUACCCACGGGGGAAAACUCCCAGUCAGGACGAUCUGGUGGUUAGCAGCACCGUGCCCCAGUUGAGUGAAGCUCUUGUCAAUGGUGUCUGUCCAAGUCCUGGGGCUCAAGAGGACUUGAAAAGUGACCUGGAAGGGGAAUACGUUGAGCUGACAGAAGUUUCCUUGCCCAGGUUUGGACCAAACCCAGGAUUUUUGACCCAGUCCCUGGCUUUAAGUUACCUGACUCAGCCCAGAACACGAGUGGAUGCGUCUAAGGGCAAGCAGAGGUUUUGUGUCACCCAGGACAGUAAUUACUCCAAGAACUCAGUUCAGGCAGCACUUAGACAGAAGGAGCACUGUCAAAAGGACACUCUGAGGACUUCUGCUGCAGUUCUCAAAAACACAGUUCUCUUGGAAAGCAACAAGAUGAUGGCACUUGAAGAACUGGCCCCGGAAGGACAGUUGACAUCAGGUGGAGCUGGAAACAUUGGGAACAGCUUUCCUGGGGCUGAGUCUCCUCCCUGCCAUGCAGAUUCAUCUGCAGAGCAGGACACUUGCAGGGAACAAUCCAUCAAUGGGCAAUAUGCACUGUGCAGCUACAGCCCCCUCUGUGCUGGUGUCAGCUGCAGAACACAAAUGCCUGGUGCUGCUGGGAGUGUGGGAGGAAAAAGUGAUGCUCCUAGUGGAAAUCCUGAUGCUGAAACAUCAGAGCAGAGCCCAGAAAGAAUUCUAAAUGCUGCUGCAGCUUGUGCUAUAGAGGAGGUGGUGCUGAGGGAACAUGGAGAACCACUGCCUGAGGGUCACCAUGAGGUGACACAGCUGGACCCCCCUUCUGUGUCUGUCCUGGGACCUUUGGGACCACAUUGCACACUGAGGGAAAGUUCUGAUGUUUCUUGCCAGAGUGUCAGAGAAAGGGUUGCACCAGUCCAGGCUGCUGCAUCACUUCCCAAGCCUGAGGGGUCAGAUGUAGGUGUGGAGAGAGGCUCUUUUUCAGGGAACAUAGAAGAUGUAGGAACAGUUGGUGCUUGCUGCAGUGAUCAGGAAGCAAAUCUUAGUUCUCCAUUAAAUCCUCCAGAGGAGAACCAAGGAGAAGUAGAUAAAUUUGAACUGGGAAGAGGGGACAGCCCUGAGGAAGUCCAAGAGAUUGAACAAAUGUUGCCUGUAAGUGAGAGUCACAGUAGUCAUAGUCACUGUUCUGCCAAAGCUCCUACAGAUGGACUCUUGUCAAAUGGUGAAGAGCAAGAGGUCUCUGCCCAUCAGCUGAAGAAGGCUAAAGAAAAUGUGCUGCUCCAAACUGCUCUGUCUGCAGAGGGUGGUCAGAGGGCAGAACAGUUCAGGAACAGUGACUCUUUCCUGGGCCCUGAUGCACCAGCAGAAGACUCAAGUCAGUUGAGAACCCAGAGGUCUAGAGAGAGGUGUGAGGAACCACAAAGACAGUCAGAAAAACAGGGCUGGGAAAGUGAAGAGUGCUCUGUGCUGAACCCAGAGUGUGUUACUGUUCAAGACUGGCAGAGAAGGGAGGAGAGCCAGGGAAGUUUUUCUUACAGGGAAAGGUCAAAGCCUGUAGCCUUAAAAACACUGGAAUCCAUUGAAGAGGAACUGGAGGUUGGACCACUGUCCUUGGGACCCACUGAGCAAUCCCAGCAAGAGGCAGCUCCUGGGGCAUCAUCUCCUAAAGGGGUGGUGUCAAAAGGUGCAAAGGCAAGGAAAGCAGCAGGCAGUAAAGUCAGUGCCCUGGAGGAAACCUCAUCAGCUGCUACUCCCCUGACCUCCCCUGUGCCUGGGACUGCCUGGGGUGGUCUGUCUGCACCUCCCAUAAUGAAGGAUGUGAACCCAGAGGUUCUCCAGAGUGGUGUUGCCUGCCUGCCUGGUACCAGGGAUAAACUGGGACGUGCAGUGGCCAUAAUAACAACAAGGAACACUGUCUGGUUAAACCCCCACUGCAACACCACCCAGCUGGUACGACUCCUCCUGUACCUGCACUCCAUCCCAAGACCAGAAUGUCAGGCUUUGGGGCUGACAGUCCUCGUGGAUGCUCGUCGCUGCUCACCUGUUCCUGCUCUCUUCAAGGCAUUCAGCAUCUUGCAGGAUGUGGAUCCUCAUUGUAUUCAUGGAGUACUGCUCCUCGUGGAAAGGGAUCUGACUUUUCGGAUGGAGAAGCCCCCAGCUGGACAGUUUGAACUUCUCACAUCCAUGAAAUCCCUGCAUAAGCACAUAGACAGCUCCCAGCUGCCUCUGGAGCUGGAUGGGACCUUCCCCUACUGCCACCGGGACUGGCUGAGCUUCCGCAUGAAGCUGGAGCACUUUCUGCAAGGAUGCCAAGGUGCUUGUGCCUUCCUCUGGGGAGCCAUUCAUAAAAUGGAAUCUGCAAAACUACCAGAAAGAGCUGAGGAGGCAGCUGUGCUGCUCAGGAGCUGCAGGCAGCUGAUGGUGAAUGUUCUGGAAGACACACAGCUGGUCAGGAUGCAGCUGGAGGGUGGAGCACUCCUGGCCAGACUGAGGAAGGAGGAAUCUUGUGUCACCCUCACCCAGGACUACAGGGAGUCCCUGGAUGCUGCCAGCCUGCUCUACAGCCGCUUCGAUGAGGGCGUUCACCGCCUGGUGAGGGUGUCCAACAAAUUCAUCCAGGAGCUGGAGCUGGUGAUGGACUUUGAGAAAGUGGAAGAAUGCUUCAAGGAGGUCAUCAGUUGGAUUGAGAAUGUUGGCAGAAAAAGGCUUAAGGAAAUGAUCAACCUGGAGGAUUCUUUGGAGACUCUGCUUCAAACCCAAAAGCAGUUCAGGGAGUUUGAUCUUGUUGCCAGUGACUAUUGCAGAAGGGGCCAGGAUGCACUGAAGAAGAUGGAUCAAUGGGAAGAGUUUUCCUCUGUGGAUGUAGGAUCUUAUAAGGGGAAGCUGCAGACUUACAGAGAUCAACUGGAAGAGUUCUGCACACAGUUGGAUGAAAGCAGGCACCGAGUCUGUGAGACUGUCAGGCUGUAUGAGUUCUUUGACAAGGCUUACGAGUGGGCUUUGGAAGGGAUGAGACACCUCGCCUGCAUCAGCAUGGAGGAUUGCAGCUCUGCUGAGCACUGCACGGGGGUCAUCAAGUGCCUGGAGAGUUACAAGGGGCAUCACCCGGGCAUCAGCGAUUCCCGCUUCCAGGAGAUGAAGGAGGUGGCCUGCGAGCUCAAGAGUGACAAAGCACUCAAGCAGUGGAAGUUUGCGUGGUCCAAAUGCCAAGAGACCAAGCUGGUUUUUGAAAAGAAACUGGAAGCAGCCUUGAGAACAAGGAAAUCUCUGCUGUCAGACCGCAGAGCAGCUGUGGGGGAGCAGUCCCGGGCCAGCAGCGAGCCCAGCAACCUGUCCCACCUCAGGCACUCCCAGGGAGCCACCUCCGGGUCCCCCUGGGACAGGACUUGCAGCGUGUCCCACUGCUACAGCAGACCCAGCUCCUCCCUGGGGUGGAAUAAGGAGAAAGCUCCCCCACACUCCCUGAGCUGCCCUGGCAGUGUCAGUGCUGGGGAAGAUUUUGUCUGCCAAGCAGCUCCUCACUCCGGCAGCGAGGCCUCCAAAUCUCCAAAGCUGCCCGAAGAAAAGUCAAACCUGGAGAGCAUAUCAGAAACCCUGGAGGUGAAACCAUCCUGCACCUCCCCUCCGGCCUCCGGGAAGCUGCCUCCCAGGAGGAUCCUGAGGAAAGCCCAAAGCUUUGACCUGCCCUGUGGGGAGAGCCUGUGGUCGGGCUGCCAGAGGACGCUGAGCGAGCCAGCCCGGUACGGCAACACCGGGGUCUUCAUCAAGGGGCUGGAGGUGAGCAGCACCGAGCUGGUGGACAGGACAUUCGCCCUGAGGCAGCCAGCCACCCCCUCCUGGGCUGCAGACUCCAUGCUGGAGGGACACAAGGGCUGCCUCUCUGCCUCAGAAGCCAGGAGCUGGGGCAGCAAGCUGCGGCACAUCAUCGACGAGAUGGUGACGACGGAGCGGGAGUAUGUCCGCUCCCUUUCCUACAUCAUUGAGAGUUACUUCCCUGAGAUGGAACGUCCCGACCUCCCCCAGGACCUGCGGGGCAAGCGCAGUGUCAUUUUUGGCAACCUGGAGAAGCUCUAUGAUUUCCACAGCCAGUACUUCCUGCGGGAGCUUGAGAGCUGCUGCAACCACCCGCUGCGGGUCAGCCACUGCUUCCUCCGACACAAAGACCAGUUUGGGAUGUAUGCCUUGUAUAGCAAGAACAAGCCAAAGUCAGACUCCCUGCUGGCCAGCCAUGGCAAUACCUUCUUCAAGUUCAAGCAGGUGCAGCUUGGGGAUAAGAUGGACCUGGCCUCCUACCUGCUGAAACCCAUUCAGAGGAUGAGCAAAUACGCCCUGCUCCUGAAGGACCUGAUCAAGGAGUGCAGUGAGGCCCAGGAGCAGGAGCUGAGCUACCUCCGUGCAGCCCAGGAGAUGGUGAAGUUCCAGCUCCGGCACGGAAACGAUCUGCUGGCCAUGGAUGCCAUCCGGGACUGUGAUGUGAACCUGAAGGAGCAGGGGCAGCUGGUGAGGCAGGACGAGUUCGCCAUCUGGCUGGGCCGCAGGAAGUGCCAGCGACACGUCUUCCUCUUUGAGGACCUGAUCCUCUUCAGCAAGCCCAAGAGGAUUGAGGGUGGCUUUGAUGUGUACAUCUACAAACGUUCCUUCAAGACUGCAGACAUUGGUCUGACAGAGAACUCUGGAGACAGCGGCCUGCGCUUUGAGAUCUGGUUCCGAAGGCGAAAGUCCAAUGACACCUACAUCCUCCAGGCCAGCUCAGCUGAGACUAAGCAGGCCUGGACCAGUGACAUUGCCAAGAUCCUGUGGCAGCAGGCAGCCCGCAAUAAAGGUGUGAUUCCUUCCUGGGGCAUCUCUGCUGCCAAAGAAAUCCGUAUGCAGGAGAUGGUGUCCAUGGGUGUGGGCAACAAACCCUUCCUGGAUAUCAAACCCAGCGAGGCAGCAAUCAAUGACCGGGCCAUCGACUACAUCAUGAAGGGCAGAGGUGCCAGGACCAGAGCAUCGAUCGCAGUGUCUCUCUUCGACCAUUCCAACCCCUACAAGAGGAGCCAGGCUCAGCUCUCCGCUGGCAGCACCCCAGCUCCCUAUGGCCCUUCCUCCUCCUCCUCCUCCCUGCUGGGACCCCUCAACCUCCACAUGUACCUGGACCAGGCUCUGCUCCCGGGGGUCCUGGCACCCCGACGCCCCUUCGACGUGGCUGCCCGCAUCGAGGAGGAUGAGCUGGAGCAGGAGACCAGCAGCCAGCCCUCCCUGACAACAGACAGCUCAGAGUCAUCACACUGCAUGUCAGGCAGUGGCUCCAGUGGCUCUGACAGUGGCUGUGUCUCCAGCAUCCCACAAGAAAGCUUCUGUGAAGACAUGGGCUCCCCAUCCUUCAUGCCCCUCAGCUCCCAGCACAGCUCUGCAAUGGAGGAGAAACCCAGGUUCACCAACAGCCAGUACAUUUCUGCAGUAAGUGCCAGCAGCCACACUCCUCUCUUCACUUUACCUGUUCCUGCAACUGCUGCCCCAGGUCAAGCCACUGCCUCUCAUGGGGGGACUGAAGAUCCUGGUUUUGGGCUAGGAAUCACUCUGGGGAAGUGAGAUUUCCUCCUGCAGAGACUCUGCUCUUCUGGGGCAGGUGAAAGCCCCUCUGGUGUCAGAGCCCACCCCUUCCCCCCCUGCAGUGGCCUGGAUCCCUGAGGAGAUGUUCUGGAAAGGACCUGCAGUGCUGGAAUCUACAGCAGGAGGGGAUGCUGCACACAGGAGCUUUAAUACUGUUUAAUACUGGGAUGAGGUGCACACAGAACCUUCUGGGAUGGAUGGGGCUGUGCUGCAGAUGCUGCUGAGCUCCUUUCCUGGGAGGUUUGGGCCUUUUUGGGGACAGCAACGAAAUGGAGGAGGCAGGAGCCUGUCACUGAGUGUCUCCUCUUGUGUUCCUUGGAGUUCUGAGCUGCUUCCCCUCUUGCUAGGUGGUGUCCUGAUGCUGUUGUCCUCUAACCCUGUACUAAUGCUGGCUUCUCUCCUCUGCAGAAAGCAGCCCCUAAGUCCCUCGACAAUAGUGUGAGCCCCACCUAUACCACCCAAGGAAGCAGAGUUGUUGUUUGAUUGCCAUUUCAAACUCCUUGAAGACCUCUGAGCAUCAGGAGGAGACAGUCUUCACCCCUGAAGAUAUUUAUUUGGGUUUUUUUGGUUUUUUACACAUAAUUAGACUCUGGUUCAAACGGCCCCAAGCUGAGCUCUGCUUGGAGGGAGUCCCAAGAAGGUUUCUGUCAACUUACACGUAAUAGCUUUGGUGUUGGAUGGGACCUUGGCAUUCAGAAUUUGUUAGCCCUAUAUUUAUGAGUAAUAAGUAACAUAGCAGUUUGGAGAGGAAAAAAAAAAUAAACUGUUGUUUUUAAAGCUA